UCCAACAAUUAAUGGUUCCUGCCUGAAGCCGCCUCCACCAACCCAUCUCGCCGCUCGGCGGCGUCGUCGCCUUCCCCCCGGCUCGUCUGCCUCUGCCUAUAUCCCAUCUCCAAAUCUCGCUGUGGUUGCCAAUAAUUGAGCAGAAUCGAUCGGCGCUGUCUAUAAGUAGCAGCUGCUCUGCCCCUCAGCUCGAGAAAGCAAAGAAGCACUGAAAUCGACCACCGCGCGCUGUGUGAGCUUGUAGUGCGUACAGUUACAGAUCGAGUGAUCAUGGCGAGGGCACAGCUCUGGGUGGCCGCCGCGUGCGCCGUCGUGCUCGCGCUCGCCGCGCCCUCGCUCGCCGGCGACCCCGACAUGCUCCAGGACGUCUGCGUCGCCGACUUGAAGUCCCCGAUCAAGCUGAACGGGUUCCCGUGCAAGGCGAACGUGACGGCGGACGACUUCUUCUUCGCGGGGCUGAAGAACCCGGGCAACACCAACAACGCGGCGGGGUCGAACGUGACGGCGGCGAACGUGCAGUUCUUCCCGGGGGUGAACACGCUGGGCGUGUCCAUGGCGCGGAUCGACUACGCGCCGCAGGGCCAGAACCCGCCGCACACCCACCCGCGCGCCACCGAGAUCAUCUUCGUCCUCGAGGGCGUCCUCGAGGUGGGCUUCAUCACCACCUCCAACAAGCUCUUCACCAAGACCGUCACCGCCGGCGAGGUCUUCGUCUUCCCACGCGGGCUCGUCCACUUCCAGCAGAACCGCGGCCACGGCCCCGCCGCCGUCAUCGCCGCCUUCAACAGCCAGCUCCAGGGCACCCAGACCAUCGCCACCACGCUCUUCGCCGCCGCGCCGCCCGUCCCCUCCGACGUGCUCGCCAAGGCCUUCCGCGUCGACGCCGCGGAGGUGGACGCCAUCAAGGCCAAGUUCAAGUAAUCAACCGAUCAAGAACCUGCCAAUCUCCAUCAGCCAUCUCUGCAUUCUUUCAUCAACAAAACCAUCUCUGCUUGCUCUGCUCAUUUGAUUACGGAAUAACUAAUGGAUAAUGUCUGUAGCGUGCAGUUGAUUCCUACUACCAAUGUGUUGCUGCAUUUGUUAAUUUGCCUUGGAAACAAUAAAAUUUGUUCCGUUUUGUGUGGACCGAUUA